GGCAGGUGGUAGUCAACGCCAAAAAAAUGAAAAGAUGGCUGCGAAAUUUGGGUAUAGCAAAGCGAUAUGACCUUCGGCCUGCGCGACUUUUUUUACCGCAACAGCAAGCGAACAAGGAGAAUCUGUUUAUCAUCAUCAUCUUCUUCUUCUUCUUCUUCUUCUUUUCUUUUUCGUCAUUGUUAUCGGUCCUUUCAUCCAUCUACUGUAUUUUCUCAUUUUAUUUUUAAAUUUGCAGUAGUUAUAUUUAAGCUUGUCUUCUUCCAUAUAAAUCGAUUAAUUGGUUAAUCUGAGAGAAAUUCGGUUGGGAUAAGAUUACUAUUUGCAGUAAUUUUCCCUUGUUAAUACUACUACAUAAGCACAUACCUCUUAUAAACACAAGAACAAGGAAAGUAGUGAUCGAUCCGACGGAAAAUGGUAAAGGAGACAGAGUACUACGACGUGCUUGGGGUCAGCCCCACCGCCACUGAGGCGGAGAUCAAGAAAGCUUAUUACAUCAAGGCACGACAGGUUCAUCCAGAUAAAAAUCCCAAUGAUCCUCUUGCUGCACAAAAUUUCCAGGUUUUGGGGGAGGCAUACCAAGUGUUGAGUGAUCCUGCUCAACGGCAAGCAUAUGAUGCUUAUGGGAAAUCUGGAAUUUCAACUGAAGCAAUUAUUGAUCCUGCAGCAAUUUUUGCAAUGCUUUUUGGUAGUGAACUUUUUGAGGACUACAUAGGACAGCUUGCCAUGGCUUCGAUGGCUUCAUUAGACAUUUUCACAGAGGGAGAACAGUUUGAUACAAAAAAACUACAAGAAAAAAUGAGGGUUGUUCAGAAGGAGAGAGAAGAAAAGCUUGCCCAGAUAUUGAAAGAUCGACUUAACCAAUAUGUGCAAGGGAACACAAAGGAGUUCAGUUGUCAUGCUGAAGCUGAAGUAACUAGGCUCUCAAAUGCAGCAUAUGGUGUUGAUAUGUUGAAUACAAUUGGUUAUAUUUAUGCAAGACAAGCGGCCAAGGAGCUUGGAAAGAAAGCCUUAUAUUUGGGUGUGCCAUUCAUUGCGGAAUGGUUUAGAAACAAAGGCCACUUCAUCAAAUCCCAAGUAACUGCAGCAACAGGCGCCAUCGCCCUGAUCCAGCUUCAGGAAGACAUGAAGAAACAGCUCAGUGCAGAGGGGAACUAUACCGAGGAAGAGCUCGAGGAAUAUAUGCAAUCCCACAAGAAGUUAAUGAUUGAUUCCUUGUGGAAGCUUAACGUUGCUGAUAUUGAGGCCACUCUUUCCCGUGUUUGUCAGAUGGUUCUUCAAGAUAACACUGUCAAGAAAGAAGAGCUCCGUGCACGAGCUAAGGGGUUGAAAACUCUUGGUAAAAUCUUCCAGAGGGUGAAGUCAUCCAACGGAAGUGAGAGUGACCCUGUGCUAGAUGGUACCCUGCACAAACUGAAUGGAAGUGAAGUGAGCCAUGACAUAUCUUGUCCUAGCACAUCACCAAAAUCUAGAAAUCUGGAAGAGCCAUCUUAUAGUACAUUGGCAUCGCAG